CCCCCCUUAUCCCACCUUUCCGGCUAGGUGAGGGCGCGAGCGGGCGAGCGAGCGAGAGUGGUGAGGGGGGACGGAAAAGCAGAAUUACCUGUAGCUCUUGUUCUGCCAUCUCGGGCGCUCUCACACACCUUCACCUGCACAGACUUGAAAGUCCAGUUUCACCAGAGGCUGAGGCUCCAGGAAAAGGGGAGCGAGUUCAUUGGAUCAAACAUGUCACAAGAGUCGGACAAUAACAAACGCCUGGUGGCCUUAGUGCCCAUGCCCAGCGACCCUCCAUUCAACACCAGAAGAGCCUACACCAGCGAGGAUGAAGCCUGGAAGUCGUAUUUGGAGAAUCCCCUCACGGCUGCCACCAAGGCGAUGAUGAGCAUUAAUGGUGACGAGGACAGUGCUGCUGCCCUGGGCCUGCUUUACGACUACUACAAGGUUCCUCGAGACAAGAGGCUGCUGUCUGUAAGCAAAGCAAGUGACAGUCAAGAAGACCAGGACAAAAGAAACUGUCUUGGCACGAGUGAAACCCAGAGUAAUUUGAGUGGAGGAGAAAAUCGAGUACAGGUCCUAAAGACUGUUCCAGUGAACCUUUCCUUAAACCAAGACCACCUGGAAAGUUCCAAACGGGACCAGUACAACACGAAUGUCCCUGAGAGCCCAGCCGUGGUCCCGCUGUCAGGGAUCACGGUGGUGAAAGCAGAAGAUUUCACUCCGGUUUUCAUGGCCCCGCCAGUGCACUAUCCCCGGGGAGACGGGGAGGAGCAACGUGUGGUUAUCUUUGAACCCACUCAGUAUGGGGUGCCUUCCAUGGGCAGCCACAGCACCUACCUCAAGGAUGACCAGCGCAGCACCGACCCGAGCUUCACGGCACCCGUGAGUCCCAGUAGCAGCUUCAAAGACGGCAACCCAGAGAAAUUUCGCAGUGCUUCAGUGGGGGCUGAGGAAUUCAUGUAUGACCAGACAUCAAGUGGCACCUUUCAGUACACCCUGGAAGCCACCAAAUCUCUCCGUCAGAAGCAAGGAGAGGGCCCCAUGACCUACCUCAACAAGGGCCAGUUCUAUGCCAUAACACUCAGCGAGACUGGGGACAACAAGUGCUUCCGACACCCAAUCAGCAAAGUCAGGAGUGUCGUGAUGGUGGUCUUCAGUGAAGACAAAAACCGCGACGAACAGCUGAAAUACUGGAAGUACUGGCACUCAAGGCAGCACACAGCGAAGCAGAGAGUCCUCGACAUCGCUGAUUACAAGGAGAGCUUUAAUACGAUUGGAAACAUUGAGGAGAUUGCAUAUAAUGCUGUUUCUUUUACCUGGGAUGUGAAUGAAGAAGCAAAGAUUUUCAUCACCGUGAAUUGCCUGAGUACAGAUUUCUCUUCCCAAAAAGGGGUGAAAGGACUUCCUUUGAUGAUUCAGAUUGAUACAUACAGUUAUAAUAAUCGUAGCAAUAAACCCAUUCAUAGAGCUUAUUGCCAGAUCAAGGUCUUCUGCGACAAAGGAGCAGAAAGAAAGAUCCGAGAUGAAGAGAGGAAGCAGAACAGGAAGAAAGGCAAAGGCCAGGCCUCCCAAACCCAGUGCAACAACUCAUCUGAUGGGAAGUUGGCGGCAAUACCUUUACAGAAGAAGAGUGACAUCACCUACUUCAAAACCAUGCCUGAUCUACACUCACAGCCGGUCCUCUUCAUACCCGAUGUUCACUUUGCAAACCUGCAAAGGACAGGACAGGUGUAUUACAACACGGAUGAUGAACGAGAAGGCAGCAGUGUCCUUGUUAAACGGAUGUUCAGGCCCAUGGAGGAGGAGUUCGGUCCAGCGCCUUCUAAACAGAUAAAAGAAGAAGGGAUGAAGCGAGUGCUCUUGUACGUGAGGAAGGAGACUGACGAUGUGUUUGAUGCCUUGAUGUUGAAAUCUCCCACGGUGAAGGGGCUGAUGGAAGCGAUAUCUGAGAAAUACGGACUGCCUGUGGAGAAGAUAGCAAAGCUUUACAAGAAAAGCAAAAAAGGCAUCUUGGUGAACAUGGAUGACAACAUCAUUGAGCACUACUCGAAUGAGGACACCUUCAUCCUCAACAUGGAGAGCAUGGUGGAAGGCUUCAAGAUCACGCUCAUGGAGAUCUGAGCCCUGGUCUCGGCUCCCCCUUGGCAGGAGCCCUCAGUACAUUCCUCCCCGGGCGAGAGAGGCCCCGGCCCCAGAACCUGAAGACCCGCCUCACCCAUCUCACACUGCUGUUACAUGACUGCGCUGACGGGGCAAGGCCCAGAGCUCCAAUCCGUGUCAGUAUGCUUGGCCCCCACCAGCUCCUGCGAGGAGCCCCUCGAGUAGGUGGCUUGGGCCUGUCAGACCCUUAUUUAUUGUCCACCUGUUUCUGGAUCCUGGGUUGGUGACCCCGCCAGGACUCUGCAGGUCACUGCUGGCUCCAGAUGAGACCAUCCAGAGCCCUCCACUUCAAGGGAAACACAGCCAAUUCGUUCAUCCUGAAGAGCCUGAAACUGUCUCGUCCCUUCGCCCAACUUUUGAGUGAUUGGAGAAAUGAGGGGCUUCUUGUUGUGGUAGUGAGAGGGUGGGUAAGAGUUCGAUGCCCCCUCACUGGUCAAAAACCUUUAGGUCACUCUGGGGAAGGUCAUCUUGCUAAAUACCUCCAGGGGUUCCCAGUGAGUGACUACCAGGCCUUGUACAGGAAGACAGUCAGCUACCUUGUAAUUAGCAAGUCACAUAGCAAGUAUGCCUGGUUCUCGUGUACAUAGUGUCUAUAAUAUUGCAAUAAUAUAUUUUACCUGUGGUAUGUGGGCAUGUUUACUGCCACUGGCUGAAGGGAGGCACAUACCUGGAGACUCCGCUUUCUGUAAGAGCUUCCCACCCCUGCUGCGGCCUGGGUGCUCAUGACUGCAGAGGGGGCCAAGACAGACACUACAGUGGGCAAGCCUGGAGACUUGUUCCUCAUCCCCCGAGGAAGUCCCCGUUCCCUUUCCCUGGGGACACUCCACCCUCAAGGCUACCGCUGUGUGCCAUGGUGGCUGGCUUAGCU